AUGGACCGCCGAGCGAGCGAUGUAGGCGCCGAUACGCCGUCGAACCAGGCACAGUACCAUCGCCUACAGUCGUCGCCCAGCUCCCGGCACACGGAGCCAAACGCCGAUCCGUCCAGGUAUUUCCACCGUAACCACACUGUCGAAGUGUUGCCGCGCCAGCCGGCAGGUCCGUCCGACUUGCCGCAAGAACGACCCAAUUCCGAGCUCUUCCGCACGCUCACAUCCAGUCAACUGCUCAAUUUCCGCCAGCGCCUUCUUGACGACGAUGUGAGCGACGCGCCCACACGCGCCGAUCUGCUGACGCGUCAACGCACAGCCAGCUCGCCCGCGCCCGCCGCCAAUCAGGGCUACUUGCGUAUGUUAUACCGAAGUUUGCCACGUAGUUUGAGAUUCCGACAGAAUACCCGCUCUACGACGCGCUACAUCGACCCAGCCAAUGCCGCGUCGCUGCGAUCGCGAGUGCGCGCACGUAAGAAGGAGGAACAGGCUCGAAAUGAAGGUCUGGCAGACCAGGGAUCGCCUGUGCCCGAGUCUAGAGAUAUGACCGACUUUGAGCGGGAGAUGGCCAACAUCCAGGGCGGGACACAGACCGACACAGACGCUUCUAGCGCCAAGACUGGCUCCGCUGGAGGCCAGACGAUGACUCCCAAGAGCAGCCGCAAACUACUGGGUAGAAUGAGUAGUCUAAUGUCCACAGACUCGCAGGGAGUGCCUCUGGGACAGCGUAAACAAUACAAGAUCGUCAAGAUCAACGACGGCAACAACGCGCCGAAGCGAGAGCCUGUUGCCCCCACAGAGGGCGGAGAUGACGACGCCGCAGCAGCAGGAGAAGAAGGAGGAGGAGAGUUCUUCGUGUCCAACGAGGUCACGACGUCGCAGUACACGGUGUGGAGCUUCGUGCCUGUGUUCCUCUACCUCACCUUUCAGAAGACGGCCAACUUGUACUUCCUGCUCAUCGGAAUCUUCCAGAUCAUCCCGUCGGUCUCUCCAACCGACGGAGUGCCGCUCCAGUUCAUCCCUCUCGUCAUCGUCAUCAUCAUCGACGCCAUCUUCGCUGGCUACGAAGACUACAAGCGACACAUGGCCGACGACCUCGCCAACUCGGCCAAGACGCGGGUGUUCAACCGCCAACUGCGCGAGUUCGAGGACGUCGAGUGGCGCGAGAUCAAAGUGGGGGACUUCAUCAAGGUGGCCAACCACGAGAUUCUACCUGCCGACAUGAUGAUUAUGGCUGUGAUCCCUGCUGAAGGCGCGCGUUCGGGCGGGAACAUGGGCCUGUGCUACGUCGAGACGAAGAAUCUGGACGGAGAGACCAACCUGAAGCUGCGAGAAGCCCCGUCCCCCACUCGGAACAUGUUUAUGAACGAGGAAGAAGCUGGGUACAUCAUCCAGGGAUACGUCGAGAGCGAGCAGCCCAAUGGCGACAUCAACACGUACUCGGGCACUAUGUAUCUGGAGGAGAACCCAUAUGGAGGGAAUGCCGAGGGAAUCCCUCUCGCUCUAAAGAACAUGCUGCUUCGUGGGAGUAAGCUGCGAAACACCAGCUACGUGUACGGACUGGUGGUGAACACGGGAGUGGAUACCAAGAUCAUGAUGAGCUCUGGCGACGAGUUCCCUGUCAAGGUGUCGUCUAUCGACGAGAUGACCAACCGACAAGUGAUCGUCGUGGUGGUUAUCCUCGUGCUCAUGUCGCUUGUUGGCGCUAUCGGAGACCGGAUCUGGAUGAACGGCCUCGAGAUCCCGCCGUAUUUGCAUCUGGAGGACUACGACGACACGUUGAUUGAGACGUUCGUCUACUUCUUCACGACGCUGGCGUCCAUGGUGCCGAUCACGCUCUACGUGUCCAUCACGCUUGUCAAGGCCUUGCAGGGCUAUUUCAUGGAACGGGAUUUGGAUAUGUAUGACGAAGAGAGCGGCACGCCCGUGAAGGUGCGGAACAUGCAGCUGAACGAGCAACUUGGACAGAUCUCGCACAUUUUCUCGGACAAGACUGGCACUCUGACGUGUAACAAGAUGGAGUUCCGGAAGUGCAGUAUCGGAGGAAGAAGCUACGGCAAGGGCACGACAGCUAUCGGUCUGGCUGCUCGCAUGCGUCACGACUUCAAAGGAGACCGGACGGUGGAGGAAGAAUCUGCAGACGAGAGCGACGCUCCGCUGCUGGACGCUCGCGCGCAGGUGCCAGCUCCUAACGUGAACUUUAAGGACAAGACCAUGUGGCGAGAUAUGCAGAACAAGGACGAUCCUCAACGCGACAAGAUCGAGGAGUUCAUGACGCUGCUGGCGUUGUGUCACGGAGUCCUGAUCGAGCGUCUCGACCCCACGGAAGACGACGCGAGUCCUCCCGUUAGCUACUCGGCCUCGUCUCCGGAUGAACUGGCGCUGGUGUGUGGCGCCAAGUUCUUUGGCUACGAGUUUGUGGACCGUGAGCCUGGCAGCGUCUCGAUCAAGAAACCUGAUGGUGUCGUGGACCAGUAUGACAUCCUGGAAGUCUUCGAGUUCGACUCGAACCGGAAGCGGAUGUCUGUGAUUGUGCAGCGUCGUAAACGUGACGACGAGCUGCGCCUGAUGUCGGAGAGCGAAGAAGACGACGUACUGCUUCUCACCAAGGGAGCUGACAGCAUGCUGUUCCCUCGGCUAGCCCCCACGUCCGAGAACAACCUCAAGAUUCGAGAAUCGACCGAAAAACACCUGGAAGCGUUCGCUCAGGAUGGACUGCGCACGCUGGUGGUGUGUGCCAAGAAGAUUAGCCCACAAGUGUGGGAGCAGUUCUACGCGCAGUAUCGUCACGUGUCGGCUGACUUGAGUGAAGUGGAGGCCAAGUCUCGUGGCGAGCCAAACGCUAUCGACAAUCUUCAGGACCAAAUGGAGUCGAAUCUGGAGCUACUGGGCGCCACAGCUAUCGAAGACCGCCUGCAGGAUGGUGUCCCGGAGUCCAUGGAGGCCUUGGCGAAGGCUGGAAUCUGCAUCUGGGUGCUGACUGGAGACAUGGAGGAGACGGCCAUCAACAUUGGCUAUGCGUGUCGCCUGCUGAACAACGACAUGGAGCGACAUGUGAUCAACGCAGCCAAGUACCGCACCAAGGGCUCAAUCCUUCGGAAAUUGGACGAGAUCUUCCACUCGAUCCACGACGCCGUCACGGACACGUCCAUCACGUCAACUGUGGCUGCGCACUCGGUGCUGUCGCCCCCGUCCGGUCAAGUUGAACACGCGCUGGUUAUCGACGGCGCUUCGCUGAGUAAGAUCCUGGAAGAUCCGCUGCACAACUUGCAUCUCCUGCGUGUGUCGCUGCUGUGUAAAGUCGUCGUGGCCUGUCGUGUGUCUCCGCAGCAGAAGGCGCAACUGGUUGAGCUGGUCAAGUUGAAUGUCCCCGAGUCCCACACGCUCUCGAUCGGAGACGGCGCUAACGACGUCCCAAUGAUCCAGAGUGCUCACAUUGGCGUGGGUAUCAGUGGCCAAGAAGGUCUGCAAGCCGUUAACAGCUCGGACUACGCGCUGGCUCAGUUCCGCUUCCUCACCAACUUGAUUUUGGUCCAUGGCCGCUGGAAUUACAACCGCGUGGCGGCUCUGGUUGUCUACACCUUCUACAAGAACAUCGUGUACAACGUGUCCAUGUUCUGGUACACGCUGUGGCCCACUGCGUACUCCGGCACGAUGAUUUACUCGGCGCUGAUCCAGCAGGCCUACAAUCUCAUCUUCACGGCGCUGCCCAUCGUCAUCUUCUCGGCCUACGACAAGGAUCUGCCGAAGAAGACUAUACUGGAGUUCCCGGCGCUGUAUCACGCCGAGAUGCGCAAGACCAGCUUCUUCUCGCACAAGAUGUUCUGGAAGUGGAUCUUCCUGGGCAUCAUCGACUCGGUGGGAAUCUACUACGCCAUCCUGGCUGCUGGGUGGAACAUCGAGCGUGGAGGCAACUCGAUCGAGUAUCUCACCAUGGAGACGCUGGGCUGGACCAUCCUGUGCAUCGUCGUGAACGCGCGUUUCUGCCUCAUGGUCAACUCGUGGGAUGUUCUGGAGAUCGCCAGCAUGGUGUUCACUGUGAUUGCUCUGUACCUCAUUCAGUACGUAAUCGACCAGAUCGAUUGGUCGUACGACACGGAUUCGUUGCCCUGGCAGUUCGGUCGCGAGCAGUUCUGGCUCGGUCAAGUGUUUGCGGUCGUGGCUAUUCUGAUGAAGGAUUUCCUGUACGAGGGCUGUCGGCGUCGCUUUGUGCCGGAAUAUCUGGAUCUGGUCAAGGAAGCGCAAGACGAAAAGUCGACGAUUUCGCGCGAAGAACUGCAAGAGUUCAAGCCGCCUCAAGUCAACUAUCUCAACCCGGAGCUGGCCGGCAUGAUCGACUACCAAGACCGACGAGUACACGAGAGCAACCCCGUCCCAUUCACAGCGCCAGGACGCUCCAAAUUGUACACGGGCUUUGCAUUCGACCAGCCCGCCAACAUCGUCAACUGGAUUCUUACUGGGACCAACAACAACGGCGGACAGAACAGCCGCAAAAGCAUCAACUCCGACGUGCGCAACUUCAUCCUCCAGUCGGACGACCCCGUUUUCUUCGAGAACCAACGCUACCAGCCAUUCUGUGGCUACGGCAGCUCGUUCCCUGGCUACCUGCUGCCUACUGAUCGCAAGCGCUGGAGUGAUCGCUCAGGCAAGAUCAGCGCCCAAGCCAUCCCGCUGGCCGGUCUGGAACUCAACCUGGACGCGCCUGGAUGCGACGCUGACGGGUGGGUCUAUGAGAACGACUUUGCCUUCUUCCCGUCCACGCCUCCGACCGAGAGUGACGAGCUAGAGGAGGAGCUGGAACUGCGAGUCAGCGACGCUCGCAGCAGCACGGGCACGUUCCUGUCGUCGCGAAGGAAGAACAAGAAGAAGAAAGCCAAGAAACCGCGACCACAUCACGGCUUCGUGCGACGUCGCGAGUGGAAACUAUCCGAGGAAUACAAGGCGCAAGAGGCCGCUCGGGCGGAAGAAGCAGCAGCGCGUCGGAGCCGCGAGUCGAACCUCAGCAGCGUUUUGGGGGUGCAGAUGGACGACGACUCGAGGCAAUCGACGCAGUCUACAAUAUGA